AUGUUGACGCGACUCUUCAGCGAGCCCAGCCUGCUCCCAGAAGUUCAGAAAUUCUCCAGCUGGGCAGAUGACUGCGACGAGGACGAGCGCAGCGACAAAGAGGAGCGGAGGUCCAAGAGCUGCCCUCUGGAGGACCAGAACGAGGGGUCCUUGGGAGAGGUCAAAGAGGAAAACGACUUAGGGGGGGACGAUGAGGAAGAGGAGGAGGAGGAGGAAGGGAUCGAGGAGGCGGAAGGGGACCGCCCCAAGAAGCGGGGGCCGAAGAAGAGGAAGAUGACCAAGGCCCGGCUGGAGCGCUCCAAACUCCGGCGCCAAAAGGCCAACGCCCGGGAGCGGAACCGCAUGCACGACCUCAACGCCGCCUUGGACAACCUGCGCAAGGUGGUGCCCUGCUACUCCAAGACCCAGAAACUGUCUAAGAUCGAGACGCUGAGGCUGGCCAAGAACUACAUCUGGGCCCUGUCGGAGAUCUUGCGCUCGGGCAAGCGGCCGGACUUGGUGUCUUACGUGCAGACUUUAUGCAAGGGCUUGUCCCAGCCCACCACCAACUUGGUGGCCGGUUGCCUCCAGCUCAACUCGCGGAACUUCCUCACCGAGCAAGGCCAGGAGGCCGGGAGGUACCACGGGCCCAACUCCACCUUCGCCAUGCACCCCUACACCUACCAGUGCUCGCGGCUGUCGGGCGCGCAGUGCGCCUCCAGCACCAUGGCCAGCUCCCACGCCCUGCGGACCCACGCCUACUGCGCCACCUACGAGUCCCUCUACGGGAACGCCUCGCCCGACUACAACAGCUCGGAGUACGACGGGCCGCUCAGCCCCCCCUUGUGCGUUAAUGGCAAUUUUUCCCUCAAGCAAGACUCUUCCCCAGACCACGAGAAAAAUUAUCACUAUUCUAUGCACUACUCCGCCCUGCCCAGCUCUCGCCCGUCCGGGCAUAAUUUGGUGUUCGGCUCUUCUGGCAUGCGCAGCGGCGUCCACUCGGAGAACGUUUUGCCCUACGAAAUGCAUCUGCACCACGACAGAGGCCCCAUGUACGAGGAGCUGAAUGCUUUUUUCCAUAAUUAA